AAUUAUGAUUAUGGAGUUGAGGACUACUAUGUAGUAGGCAUGCUAAAAUUUUGGUUAGAUUCUAUCGACAGUUUCGUGAUUUCCUCUGAUGCUAUUGGAGAAGAAGAUGUCAAAUUCAACAAUCCCAGUGGAUUAGAGAAUUAUGCAAAUCUUAUGCGGGAAGAUAUAAGCGAGAUUGGAUGUGUUGAAAAUGUCUGCGAUCCUGGUACAGGAACAAAAGGCACCUUGGUAUACUGCCUAACCAAUCAAGAGUGA